AUGUCAACAGAUCUUAAACGAACUUUGAAUGAUUUGACAAAUGAAAGCAAACGAUUGAAAAAUGAUUCAGCAAUUGAUCUAAACUUCGAUAUUGGAGAAAUUAAACAUCAACAAUCUCAUUCAUCAUCAGAAUCUUUAUUUGAAGAUGAUUCAAUGUUUGAUGAUGAUGUCUUUGAAGAUGAACCGUUAUCUUCUUCUAAGUUGAAUCAAAGUCAAGGUCGAAAACGAUUAAACGGAACGUCAAGUUAUCGAACGAAGGAAAACAAACCCAAACGAAAGAGUCAAAUCGGAAAAAAAGAUAAUCGUUUAAUUGAUCAAACAUUAAAUCAAUUACGCGAAGAGCAAGCUCGUAUCGACGCUCACUCACUUUCCAUUCUUCCCAAACGCAUGUAA